UGGUCUACGGAAGCCCGCUCUGUCCAAACAGUCUGGUAGAAAAGGAAAACAAGUCUGCGUACACAUUUUUUAUCUGUAGCCACAAAAGAUAUUUAAUCGUAAAAUGUUAGAUUUUUAUUCUGUUUUAGUUUUGUGCGCCUGCGCGGCUAACAGGUUUAGCUACAGGAUCGAUUUAGUUGCUGGUUAGUGGCGGAUAAACCGGUUUAACGACCUUCACGCGCUGCUGAAGACUCGGUAUUUUUUUUCUCUCUGAAGGAAUUCAGAACUUCACGAUUUGUUGUAGACGCGGUACGAUGUCCGACAGCGGUGUGUUUCCGUGGACGGUGGUCGUUCUCACCUGCCAGCAUAAAGACACCGUUUACUCUUUUCAAAGAGAGCUGGAGCUGCGGCAGCAGCAUGGUGUUCUCCCUCAGGGCGCUUUAGUUUUAACUGUUCAGGACCGCCAGGAGCCACUGGGCAGCGGAGGGGCCACGCUGAACGCUCUGCUGGUUGCUGCUGAACACAUGAGCAGCAGAGCUGGACACACUGUGGUGACGGCUGAUGUUCUGGAUGAAGCUCGUAUUCUCAUCCUUCACACGGGUCGGGAUUUUCCCUGGAGCUCUUGCAGCCGAGCCUUCUGCUGGCUGCCCAUAGAGAAAUCGGAGCAGAAAGUCCAGGGUCCGGUCUGUGUUCUGGACCUGCUGCUGGACCAGCUCAGUACCCAGAUCUGUCCUGGUUCUCCUCCCGGCGUUUGGGUUUGCAGCACCGACAUGAUUCUCACCGUACCUCCUGACUUUGCUUUGUCCUGGGAGGAGGGCUUCUCAGGUGUUCGGGUCUUGGCGGUUCCGGGCGACACCUCCUAUGCAGCUGAUCAUGGAGUCUACCUGACCGACUCUCAGGCUCGGGUCCAAGACAUCAUCUACAGGGGAACCAGGGAGCAGAUCCAACGCGCCCUGAUGCCUGAUGGGAAGGUGCCACUGGUUUCAGGUCCAGUGUUCUUCUGCAGGACCGUUUCAGAGAAACUGUUGCAGACUCACGUCACUCCUCCUCUGGAUGGCUGCACCUACUUGGGUCUGGACUCUGGAGCCCCGCCCCUACAGAUCUCGCUGUUCUUGGACCUGCUUAAGUGUCUCUGCUCUGAUGUGACUCUGGAUCAGUUUGUUGCUGAAGACCGCGCAGGGUGCAGCUCUACAGCAGGACCACAGGGGGCAGUGGUGAGGAGCGGGAGGGCAGAGCUGUGGAGGAUUCUGAGAGGAGCGCCGCUUUCGUUGGCAUACAUCUCCGGUGGUCGCUAUGACUACCUGACUCUGUCUGGGAAGCAACACAUUGACCGUCUGACACAUGAUUGGACGGGAAGAAGCACUUUGUCUCACAUCCAGAUUAAGAGCCGGCUAAGUGAUGGAGCUCGGAUUAUAAACAGCGUUCUGGAGGGAGGUGUUACCGUGGCAACUGGAGCAGUGGUGCAACACUGCCAUCUGCAGGGUCCUCUGGACAUCCCCACAGGAUGUCUGCUGUCCGGCCUCCACGUGUUGACAUCACCUUCUGUCAGGAAGGUGUUGCUCAGAAAUGACAUCAUCAUUCAGGGACAUCGCAUUGAGCUGGGGGAGCUAAAGCUGAACGUGUACACGGUGAUGGGCGCACAUGAUGAUCUGCAGGCCACCUGUGAUGACAACAGUUCCUCCUUCCUCAACCAGAGAUGGAACAUCUUCUUCAGCUCAACAGGAGUCCAGCCAGAGGAGCUGUGGGUCACAGGAGAACAGCGCUCCCUCCUGGAGGCUCGUCUAUUCCCGGUCCUCCAUCCCAAGGGAGGUGCUGUGAAUUUAGAGGGAGGUGUUGGCUGGCUCUUGGGGGGGCAAGGCUGUCUAAGGAGGUGGAGGGAGGCCUGGAGGCUCUCUCUGAGGGAGGUGCUGUCACUCACACACCAGAAGGCGGAGCUCCAGUGGAGGGAGGAGCUGCUGUUUCUGGCAGGGCGGAGAAGAGUAACGGACUCACUGCGAAGUCGCAGCAACGUGUGCCUGUUGCCUUGCUUCAGGGCAGCAGUGCUGGGUGGCCAGCAGGAGGAGCUGCUGGAGACUCUGGACAGCAUUGCAACGGGAAAUGGGAUUCAGGGGGUGGAGCCUGGAGCUGAAAUGGGCGUGGCUGCUCGCUGUCUGUCCUGCAUUGCUGAUGUGUUGGUGUGCAUGGCAGGGGGGAAGGGGGGUUUGAGAAGUGGACCAGCUGCUAAUGAGGCCUGGAGCUCUGCCUACAUCCUGUUGGAGAAGGGUAACCUGAAGGGCGGAGUCCAGGCUCUUGCCACAGAGAGGGGGCGCUGGUUGAGCAGGCCAGACCUACUGGUGCGAGCAGCACGACACUAUGAAGGCGCUGGACAGGUGUUGCAUCGCCUGGCUGUGAUGUCAUCACAGAGCUUCAUUUCAAUUGGAAAGGGAGAGGCACAAGCCAUUGGGGUGUGGCAGGAAGUGGACUGCCCUGCCCGACUGGACUUGGCAGGAGGUUGGAGCGACACCCCACCAAUUGCCUUCGAGCAUGGCGGCUCGGUGACCAACGUUGCAGUGAAGAUUGAUGGGAAACGACCAAUCGGUGCCAGAGCCCGCCGCAUCCUGAAGCCCCACUUCCUGUUCGUCAGCCACAGCGGGGGACGGGACAGCGGCGUUUCCACGGAGGUGGUGUGUGAGACCUUGGAUGAUCUGAGGGACUACUGUCAGCCUCAAGCUCCUGGAGCUCUGCUGAAGGCUGUGUGCGUGUGCAGCGGCCUGGUGUCUCUGUCCUCCCAGCAUCCUUUGGGGCAUCAGCUGAUGGAGAGGUGGGGAGGAGGAGUGGAGCUGCACAGCUGGUCAGAGCUGCCAACUGGAUCUGGACUGGGUACCAGCAGCAUACUGGCAGGGGCGCUGUUGGCGGCAGUCUACAGAUGCACUGGUCAAAGCUACGAUACAGACUCCCUCAUCCAUGCGGUCCUGUACCUGGAGCAGGUUCUUACCACAGGUGGUGGCUGGCAGGACCAGGUGGGAGGGCUAGUGGGCGGCAUUAAAGUCGGCCGAUCCAGAGCGUCUCUGCCGCUUCAGGUGGAGGUGGAGCGUCUGAGUCCUCCGGAGGUGUUCUUGACCUCCCUGGAGCAGCACCUCCUGCUGGUUUACACCGGGAAGACUCGCCUGGCCAGAAACCUGCUGCAGGAUGUGGUCCGUAGCUGGUACAGUCGUCUGCCUUCAAUGGUUCUGAACGUCCAGCAGCUGGUGUCCAACUCUGAGGAGUGCUCCUCAGCCUGUUCAGAAGGGUCUCUGAUCAGACUGGGUCAGUGUUUGGACCGCUCAUGGCAGCAGAAGAAGCUGAUGGCGCCGGGUUGUGAGCCGGGUUCAGUCAGAACUAUGAUGGAGGUCCUGAAGCCGUUGGUUUUGGGUCAGAGCCUGGCCGGCGCCGGAGGAGGCGGCUUCCUCUAUCUGCUGACCCGGGAGCCCCAACAGAAGGAGGCGGUUCUGGAGGUUCUGAACACCACGUCGGGUCUGGGGGACUUCAGCGUCCACUCGGUGCAAGUGGACCUGGACGGCAUCACAGUCCGGACCGGAUCCGAUGGAUAACUGCAAAGUUCUGGAUCAUGAAGCAGGUCUUUGGACCACUGGUGUAUGAUGAAGCUGCAGUACCAGGUCAUCUGACUGGUACCAAGAUCAACAUCUGUGUUUUAGAGGCUGGUUCUGGUUCAGGUUUUAACCUUUAUAACCCAACAACUCAGAACCCGGUACCACAGUAGAACUGGACCCAUCUGGGUUCUGAGGUCUGGUUGUAAAACAUUUAUGAUUUAAUAAAAAAUGUCCUGAGUCAGCAACAAAGUUUGUUUAUUUAAAAGCUUAGAAACAUUUGUGCAACAGAACCAGAACCGGAACUCUAAGACGUUUGUUUCUGUUCAAAUAUCAAACUUCUCUUCACAGACGGCGUGUCCGUUCUCCUCGAACUCCUCCCUCGUCACCACCAUCUCCUCGUAGUCCGGGCUAUGAGCCAGCAGCUUCCCUCCUUCCCACGAGUAGCUCACCGGGCUGCAGACAGAACGGGUCAAAGCUGUCAGAACCAGAACCACUGUUCUGCUGUCUGGAAGCUUUCAUUCCAAAUAAAAUUAUUCUUAUUUUUAUGCAGAAAUCUGUCCAGAAUAAGUUAUGAAACUAAAAUAAAAAAGGUUUCACAGACAGUUGGUGCUCUUUAGACCUGGUUACCAUAGCAACGAUGCUCUAGACUCUUACUUUGAAGGAAGAAUCACCGAUACUGGGAGGUGGGCGGGGACAAGAGAGCGUAGCUCCGCCUCCAGACGCUCCCUGAAGCCCGGGAAGAGCGUGUUUCCUCCAGUCAAGAUGAUGUUCUGGUAGAAGUGGGGCUGCAUCUCUGACACAAACACGUUUAUUUUGUAUAAAGCGUCAUGGCUUUGCUGCAGAAGAUAUAAAACCCACAACAUGGUUCAUGGUUGCCAGUGUGAAACUUUUCUGAGCCCAGACACAAAACCAGAAUAAAGCCUCCCGUCAGAGCGGCUCUCAUGGAGCAGAGUCCAUCCCAUUUAGUCACAAAAGGUCUUCAAUAGCGGCGAAUAGUGUUGAAGCUAGAGCUUUAACCUGACCGGCCUCAUAUCUGACACCACUCUGCUGCCCAUAAACCACACUACAUGGUUUUGUGGAGUGGGUAGGUGUCCUAUAGGGGGCGCUCUUUACCUGCUUCAUGGCUGUUAGCUGUAAGGCUAGCAGUUAGCAUUUUCAGUUUGCCGAUCGUCAAUGAAAAGCAGAACAAGAAGUUUGCUUUUUCUGCUGGCAACAUGGCGGGGCCUGGAAGUAAAAGUCAGAGUAAUGUCUUUGGAGGUGAAGCAGAGAGCUAAAACCAGAGUGAACAUCGGCUAAAGAAGCUAAAGGAGGCUACAAAAUCAGACUGAUGGUGACCUGGCUUUGUUGCUACUGGACUUGUAAGUAGCAUUUUUGUCCAACAAUGUGGAUCUUUUUACUUUGAGGUUUAUUUUGGUAUCAGUUGGCUCAUAUUAGUGUUAGCUCGUUGUUAGCGCUAGCUACAGCAGGGUUGUUUACAAUUGUAAUUCCACUUUCAACCAGUUGGGUGGAGGAGCAGGAAACUGCUGUAUGACUUUUAUCUUGUCUCAGUUUGGUCUCCAGUGAACGUAGCCGUGUUACCGUGGAUUUAACCCUCCCGCGUACCUAAUGGGGUCAGCUGAAGAGUGAGCAUCACCUCACCUCUGCCAAUAGACCCCAACGGAUAAACUAUCAACCCUGCUCAACCAUCCUGCCCUGGUAGGACAGUAAGAGGGUUAAAGACAAAAUGCACACAACUAAGCCCCGCCCACUGACCAGCUCAUCCUUGGCUUUAGUUCACUUCCUGUUUUACAUUCAACAGGAUGAAUCUUCCUGUUUCUCGCUGUGGUUAGAGGUUCUGCUAAACAAACCAAACGUUCUUCUGGUUGUUAGACCUUCGGUUAUGACCCCCCCCCCCCCCCCCACACACACACACACAAAAAAUCAUGAUAGUUAUUCCUGGGAGGCGGACCUUCAGGCAGCGACUGGACAGAGUGGACGAUGGCCUCCGGGAGACCCAUCUCCUGGAUGCCGAUGUCUGACGGGUGGAAGAGCAUCUCAGGAACGGCAAAGCGCUCAUUGGCCAGCCUCAGGAUCUGCUCGCCUGUCUUGUACUUCCCACUGAGGACCAUCUCCUCCCGAGGCUGGAGGGCAGAGACCAGACAGGAACAUCUCAUAAAAACAGGAUUUGCUCCUUUUGAUUCUAAUCAGGACUACAGUUGUACCAAUAAGUUCACACACUCCAGGUCCUAAUCAUGCGUGUCGCCCCCUUUUAGCAUCAAUGACAGCUUGGAGGCUUUCGUGGUCAUUGUUGAGAAGAUUCUGGUUAUUAUCUAAUGGCAAGGCUCAUUCUUCUUAGCAAAAGUCCUCCAGUUGUUUAGCGUCGCCCACGACUCAAGACUGGAAACGUCAGUGCAGCUCUGGAUGGAAGACACACGCGUUUGUCAGCAGCCCAAAAACUCACACACCUUUUAUAAUCACACACAUAUGCAAGGAAACAGAACACAGGUGAGGACGGUUGCCUUUAGCAGCCACUCAGACCCAGUUGUGUUCAUGUUUCAGGACAAAAUCACUUUUCCACAGGGUCAUUGUGGCAUUUUAUUUUGUUACAAUGAUUUGAAAUACACGUGUUUUAAAAUUAAAAGCUUCACAAGUCACUGACCCCGAGAGAAAAAAGGUUUUUGACAUUUUUUCAUUCAUAUUCUUGGAAAAGUGGCCAAAAGGUCCACCAGGGUGUGUUAACUUAUUGGCAAAACUGUAGAAUGAGCCCAGCCAGGUCCAGGAUGUGGGUCAGAACCGGCCCGUCUCACCUUACAGAAACCUUUUUUGAUGGAACUGAAAUCUGGGAGAACGUAGUCCCUCACAACCGAGUUGUCUUCCCCCUUCGACCUGGAAGCAGAAGAACCAUCCAGAACCACUGAUACCCCCCUGUUCUGUGUGUGUGUGUGUGUGUGUGUGUCUCACAGUGCGAUCUCCAUGUCCUUGUAGAACUGCUGGGAGACGUAGCACACGUCUUCCUUCACCUGGUUGAUCACAUGCGUCUCGUCCAUCACGUGUAACUGGCUGAGAAUAAAAAAAUAUUUAUUUAUUUUUAUUUAUGCGACAGAAACACGACGAGGCGCUCCAAUUAAACAUUCCAACACAAACCGGUAGGAGAUGAUCUCCUUCAGGUGAUUGGUCAGGAGCUUCCCACCCACGUUGAUCCUAAAACAAACCCAUAUGCUGCUGUUAGUGUGAGCAUUUUUACAAUAUCUCUGCUAUAGGUCGGCGACCUCUGACCUGCGAAUGCCCUCCUUCAGCUUCUUGCUGCGACAGUAGGGGACAAUGUGGGUGAAGGAGAACCCCGAGUCCACAACCAGGCAGCAGAGCUCCGACGGUUUGGUGUGGAAGUAGUGAUGAGCAGAGAGGGAGCCGGCUGAGGAACACAAGAAGCCUAAUCUGAUCCCAGAGCCAACCAUCUGAAAAGUUUCUGUUUUUUUACUUUAUUGAUGUUUUUACUGAUAAUUUGGUUUCAAAUGAUGAAAACUUGGAGUCUGGUGUUUUAUUGGCUGUACACUGUCACAACUUCAUUCAAAGAUGUUGUUGCAGACUCACCGUUAAUCCUGAGGGCUGACUGGAACUGGUACUCCUCAAACAGAAUCUCGUUCAUGGACUCUUGGAUGGAGCUGAAGUUGAAGUAGGGCUCUGUGACGAUGAUGCUGGUGUCCACAAACUCCACCUGUGCAGAGAUAACAGUCAGCCUCAGAUGGAAGGAAAAGGCCUCUAGAUGUUCUCCUCACAGGGAUUGCACCUUGAACAUCUCCUUCCCAAACAGGUGAUCCCACACCUUCCUCUGCACAUCCCAGUUGACCAAGUAGCCCUGCAGAGACACAAGCAGAGAGCAGGCACCACCACAGAUGUAAACGUUAAAUAUAAAACACUGAAACAAACAGCAGCACGCUGCAGCUGAUGAGGAGGAGGGCCUGAGGACACCUGCUGACCUUCUGAAAGGGGAGGAUGUAGAAGAGACCUGAAGGAUCUUUGAUCUCAUCCAGCUGAUUGGCAGUGAAUGUCUUUAAUCUGGAUGUCUUCGAGCGAAACUGACAGUUUGGGAUGACGCUGAGGGAAAAUACAGUCACAAUACAUCUGUAAUCCACUGAUCGACUUAUUAAGCUUUAUUUUCUCAUGCAAGUCCAGAGAAUGUUUUAAUCACGUUUUACUGUGAAAUCAAAGCAGUAAUUUGGCUCCAACAGGUGUAGCUUUAGUUAAUUUCUGAGGCUAUUUUCCAUUUUUCCGACAAAUUCACAUAAACAAAUUACAGAAAAUGAACAAUCUCCUGGGAUAGAAAACGAGUUUAAAUAGGGCACUGGAACAUUUCCGGUCCUAGCAGGAACUUUUAUUUUUCUAACUCUAGUGAAUUUUAUAGGAAUUUACGUUCAAGUUUCAACAUAAACACAUUCAGAUUGAUGUUCUCGGUUAUGAAGCGGAAUCUGAACAAAUAAACAUUUAACUGGACACUUCCUGUCGCUUAGCUUCCUACCGGACUUUCUCCUGACUGUAACCGAUCUUCGCCGAAUUGGCUCCGUUAUCCAAAACCAGCGUGGCCAUUUUUAACCACUGCUUAUAUCACAAAAUCAACAAGAUAUCGAUUCAUUCUUUAUUUACUUAAUCACACUUAAGAUAUCUGACACAUUUUAGGAGAUUUAGCUAAGCGGCUAGGGUACGUGCACAAAA